AUGGACUCUAAACCUCUUAACAAAGGCCUUUCCAAGGUUGACGUCGAAGGCCACAACCUACCUCCUUCGCCUGCUCCUUCAAGCCCGUCUAACGGCCGCCGUCGUUAUGCUCUAGCUACUGAGCUGGUCUAUACAGAAACCAAGGACCAAUAUGGUGCUUCAAGUAUUCCAAUCUAUCAAUCUGCUACAUUCAAGCAAACAUCUUCCAAUGGCGGUAAUGAAUAUGACUAUACGCGAUCGGGUAACCCGACCCGGACGCAUCUAGAACGCCAUAUGGCCAAGAUCAUGAAUGCCAAUCGAGCGCUUGCGGUUGGUUCUGGCAUGGGUGCUUUAGACGUUAUCACUAGGUUAUUGCGUCCUGGGGAUGAAGUGAUCACAGGCGACGACCUCUAUGGGGGUACCAACCGGCUACUUACAUAUCUGUCGUCGAAUCAAGGCAUUAUCGUCCACCAUGUGGAUACCACCGAAGUCGAAAGGGUGCGAGAAGUCAUUUCAGACAAGACGGCCAUGGUACUCCUGGAAACUCCGACCAACCCCUUAAUCAAGAUUGUGGAUAUUCCGAGCAUUGCGAAGGCCGUUCAUGAUGCCAACGAUAAGGCCCUCGUCAUUGUUGACAACACCAUGCUAUCGCCCAUGCUAUGCAACCCCCUCGAACUGGGUGCAGAUAUAGUAUACGAAUCAGGUACCAAAUACCUAUCAGGUCAUCAUGAUAUUAUGGCGGGCAUUAUCGCAUGCAACGACACGGCUCUCGGUGAUAAGAUGUACUUUACCAUUAACGCAACCGGUUGUGGUCUCGCUCCCAACGAUUCAUUCCUUCUUAUGAGAGGGGUUAAGACAUUGGCAAUUCGCAUGGAGAAGCAGCAGGCAAAUGCACAGAUCCUUGCCGAAUUUCUUGAAUCCCACGGCUUCCGCGUGCGUUAUCCCGGCUUGAAAUCACACCCGCAGUACGAUCUUCACUGGUCUAUGGCACGAGGCGCUGGAGGUGUCUUGUCAUUUGAAACCGGUGAUAUUACCUUAUCCGAGAGAAUCGUCGAGGCCGCAAAAUUAUUUGGGAUCAGUGUGAGUUUUGGUUGUGUCAACAGCCUAAUCAGCAUGCCGUGCCGUAUGAGCCAUGCUAGCAUCGAUGCAAAGACGAGAAAGGAGCGGCAGAUGCCCGAAGACAUCAUUCGACUAUGUGUUGGUAUCGAAGACGCGACCGAUUUAGUCGACGACCUCUCUCGCGCACUCGUACAAGCCGGUGCCGUGACAAUUACACUGGACGGCAUCGCUGCCGCAGGCACAGCUGCACAGGCCGGAAACGCCAGUUCGAGCAACGAUACGUCGUCUUAG